CACAGCGCGAAAGGAUUAUUCUCUCUCUUCAACUGCGUUCUCAGAGUAUUUAAAGAGAGAAGGGAUUUAAUCCAAACCCUAGAAAUUGAUUCAGGAAAUGGAUUCUCUUAUAUCGGUUUCCAAUGUACAAACUUCGUCGAUAUCAAUCGGUCGAGCCGUGGCUGUGAUUCUCGGCUCGCGCCAGAGAGACCUUGAUGCUUCAUUUUCUCAGAUUUGUCGCAGUUAUCAGAGAAGAAAUGGAGGUUUGCUGGAGUGCCUGCGUAAAUUGAGGAGGUUUGCCUGCAUUUGUGUCGAGAGGGGCGAGCCAUUGGAUGAGGUGCUCAUCCCCAUGAUCGAACAUGCAGUGAAAUCGAGCAGUUCAAAGAAUUGCAAGAAAAUUUGUAGUAUUCUUUGUUGGUUAUUUGAAGAUGAAGAUCUUUUUGGAGCCCUUUCAACUAAUCUUACAAGCAUUAUUGUGAAAAAGGAGGAUCACUACAUUGCCCUGGGGUGGUGCAAGCUAAUACAAUACCUUGUUGAUCAUGAGAUAAUGUCAAAUCAGUAUUCAGAUGGAGGGAAACUCCAUAGGUCCUUUGAUCUAGUGAAGAGUCUAUGCCAGUGUAUUCCACAUCUGUCGUCCAUUGUAUGUAAGGGAAGCAUUCUGCAAGAUGAUUUUGCAUUGCCAACACGCCUUUCAAUGGCUGCAGCAGACUGCAUUUUAGUCUUGACCGGAGCAUUAGUGGGAUAUCCACAGAUUUCAAAGGCUUUGAGUAACAGGAAAACAUUAUAUGAUUCAAAUGCAUCCAGAGAGAUAGUCGUCUCAACACCUACUAGCAGCGAAAGAGAUGGAAGUUCUGCAUCCACAUCCUUGCAUGGGUCAGAGCCUAUGGAAAUGGGGUUGUUGCUGUGGAAUCUUCUGGGUGAACUUGUUGUCCUCGUACAGAAAUUACAGGCUUGGAGCAAGAAAAGCCGGCCCUUGCAUGCAAAAGGUUUGGGACAAGUAUUAGCUUGGUUGCAAGAGUUGAGAGAGUACUGUGGUUCAACACUAGAUGAAACAGGAAAACAAAUGCCUGAUACUGGAAUAUUGCUGCUGUCUUCUUGUUGGAAGCAUUAUGUAAAACUUUUGCGCUUGGAUGAUCACACAUUUUCUGUAAAUUUCAUGGAAUUGUUGAAGCAGUAUAUAGCUGGCCUUCAGCUGUAUACACAACAGGAUGAAGCUGAAGAUUAUCCUGGUGGAAAGGACAGUCCAGUUGAAACAAGAAAGUUUUUCCUAUGCUGCAUAGCUCUUCUGUGGGGACGCCUUAAUAAUGAACGCCUUGAACUUGCAAUGUCCAAAACUGGGCCAGAGUUUUUAAGCAUAUUGCUUGCACAGCUUCGUUGCAGGGAUAAUGUUCUGGUUGAAGGAGGUGUAGAUAUAUUGAGGAAAAUGAUUUUUAAGUCAAACUUUUCCAUCUCCGCUGAUACUGAAUUUGACUCUGGCCAAAUCAAAGUAGUGGUAGACUUACUGCUUAACCUCCUUGAUGAGAGGGAUUCUGUUGCAAGAGCUGUUGUCUUGCUUAUUUCUGAAUGCUGCUCUAUAAAUCCAGAUGGUCAAUGUUUGCAAGAGAUUUUUAAGCGUCUUGAUUCUGGAAAUUACAGUCAAAGGAGCAAUGCUCUUGAUGUCAUCUCAGAGUUUAUGUCUAUAUGUUGUGUAUCAAGAAAAGCGUUGAUCCCUUCAUUGCGACAAAAUAUUGCAUUGCACCUGCUGGAAUGCCUUGGAGAUGACGAGCUCAUAAUACGCGAUAAAGUUUCUCGUUUGCUCUCUCAGCUUGAUCCUGAGUUUGUUUUUCCUCCUCUGCUACUAUGCGUGUAUUCUUCGGAUGAGAAAAUGCAAUCGGCUGCCAGUGAGGCCAUUCUUGCAGUGCUCAAGGGACAUGAACAGACAUGUGAUGUGGUGGUUGCGCUUCUUGACUCUCUCAGAAAUAUUAGUCAGAGCCCAGCUAUUCCAGAAAGCCAAGGAGGGUUAAGAGAAUGUAUACCUUCCAGGGUAAAGACUUCUCAAUCAGGGACCAAAGUGGACAUUGAUCAAGUACUUCAGUUGGUACCCAAGUGGUCAGAAUCUGUUCAAGACUGGCGCACUUUAAUUGAAGUUCUUUUAGAAAAGAUACUGGCAGACCCAUCGAAUGCAAUUCUUCUUCGAUUUUUGGGUUACAUUAACGAGCAACUGGCAGAGGCUAGGGAUCUACUCCUCCAUCGAGUUCUCUUACAUAUGCAAGCUCAGAAAGAGUUAAAUGAGGACAUGAUCUCUAAGUGGGCAGAUGGUGACUCUCAUAGCGCCAAUGGAUUGAAAGAGUCAUUAUUUGAUCGCCUUUGUCCAUUACUGAUUCUCAGGAUGCUUCCAUUGAGGGUAUUUAGUGAUCUAAGCUCCUCUACAUUGUAUGGUCAUCUGCAGUUUUCACAUGGGCACAGCAGUUUUGAUCCAGACAGCACUGGUUGCAUAACUACUUUCCUAAUACACAGGGCAUUCCUUUUGCUUGAAUUUGAAGAUGUUCGUAAAGUUGCAGCAGAGGUUUCUGGCCGUCUUCAUCCCCAAGUCAUCCUCCCUAUCAUAGGAGAUCUUCUAGAGAAUGCUACAGUAUCUCGGGAUUUGCUGAAAAUGAGAGCUUGCUUAUUUGCAACCUGUACUUCUCUUCUGGUUUGGGGCAAAGAAUCAGUUGUGCACCCUGUCAUGGUUCAGAUAAGGAAAUAUAUGGAGUUGGCCCUAAAAUGGCCUUCUUUGGACUCUGAUGAAGUUUCCAAAGCACAACAUGGAUGCAUUGAUUGUCUAGCCUUUAUGAUAUGUGCUGAGCUAGAGGCUUUGGUAUCACCAACCAACAGUGAUGUUCUAAACAAAACAGACCCUCUGAAUGAAUCCCAGAGUCAUCUGCGAGAUACACUGGAGAAUGGUUUGGUUCUCUCGUAUGUUAUUCAAAAUUUGAUUUGCCACAAAAAUGUCAGAUCAUUCACAAGUUUGGAGGAUACUCAAGCUAAAAUUGAGCCUUUAGACUCCUCUCCUAUAGAAAGAGGAGGUUCUCUGUUUAAGGGUUCAGCUCCACUUCCAUUUCACUUGUGCAUGGCAAAUGUUCUCAUUAGUGCCUGCCAGAAGAUGCCACCUUUAGCCAAGCCAUUGUUUGCUCAAAGGGCCCUUCCGCCUCUUAUUCAUUUUGUCAAGGUGGUAAUGGAACAACCGGAGAUGAAAGCUGCCUGCUUGCAGGUUCUCUUUACGGCCGUUUACCAUCUUAAAUCUGCAGUGCUUCCUUAUGCGACUGACUUGUUCAGCCUAUCUAUGAAAGCUUUAAAGACUAAAGGAGCCACAAAGGAAAGAAUUGCAGGAACAAAGCUCAUUGCCUCCCUAAUGGCCAGCGAUGAUGCAAUUCUCAAAAGCAUCUCAGCAGGUUUGCUGGAAGCAAGAUCAGUUUUAGCAAGUGUUUCUUUGAUGGACUCCUCACCUGAACUGCAAGGUUUGUGUGAGAAACUUCUGAGUUUUAUAACUUCUCCUUUGAACAAUGAUGUUCGUAGUGCUCUUCAACUAGGCUGAAAGUUGAGAACUUUGAGGUCCCUCUGUCUCUCUCUCUCUCUCUCCUCCUCUCUCUCUCUCUCUCUCUCCACUGUAAAUUAUCUAACAGAAGAGUGUACAGUCAACUUUAUGAAAUUUGUGCUGUUAUUUGAA